AUGACCUCCCUCGAAGAGGGAGAGGUAUACCAACAUCUGGGCACACCCACAGGAGUCCGCGUCCGACAGACCCCCGAAGACACCAUUGUGGAGAUCCUGCGGUAUGCAGCCCAAACCGACUCCUCCCUGCUCGCCCCCUGGCAAAAGAUCAAUGCCCUCAAUACCUUCCUGAUCCCCCGCAUCUCCUUUGUCCUCAGGGGAUCGUCCGUAGCCAAGGUGCACCUGAACAAGGCCGAUAGCACCAUCAGGCAGCUGGUGAGGAAAUGGCUCGACCUUCCCCAGAGGGCCAGCACCGACAUCUUCUACAACUGCCACAGACAGGGCGGAGCCAACGUGCCUCGGAUGGGUGACCUGUGCGAUGUGGCGGUGAUCACUCACACUUUCCGCCUCCUGACAUGCCCGGACCCGACAGUGAGGAGCAUCGUGGAGGAAGCCAUACGGGACGUGGUCAGGAAAUGCACCAGCAGGGCCCCCUCUGAGCAGGAUAUCGACACUUACCUCAGCGGCUUCCUGGAAGCUGAGUUCGGGAGAAAGGGGGGAGACCUGUCCUCUCUCUGGUCCCGCACCUGCAAUGCCUCGAGACGUCUAGGAAAGAGGAUUAGCUGCCGGUGGAAGUGGUGCAAGGAGCACCAGGAGUUGGGAAUACUGGUGCGGUGCAUAAAGACCCUGGAGCACACUAUCGUCACCCCGACCGCCAGAACGCUGCUGGAAAGGACCCUGAAAGACGCCAUCCGCUGCCACUACGCCGAGAAACUCAAGCGGAAGCCGGACCAGGACAAGGUGUUUCAGGUGUCCAGCAAGUGGGACGCCAGCAACCACUUCCUCUCUGGGGGCAAAUUCACUAGGUUCGCUGACUGGUGGUUCAUCCACCGGGCCCGACUCAACUGCAUUCCCCUCAAUGGAGCCAUCUGCCAUGGCAACCGGGACAAGCGCUGCAGGAAGUGUGGCUACGCCAAAGAGACCCUGCCUCACGUCCUGUGUGGAUGCAAGCACCACUCCGGAGUCUGGUGCCACCGCCACAAUGCCAUCCAGAACCGGCUGGUGAAAGCCAUCCCGCCAUCCCUGGGGAAGAUCACCAUCAACUCUGCCAUCCCCGGGACAGACAGCCAACUGCGACCCAACAUCAUUGUGACCAACGCAGAAAAGAAAAGGGUCCUCAUGGUAGACAUCACGGUGCCAUUUGAAAACAGGUCACCAGCCUUCCACGAGGCCCGAGCAUGGAAGGUCUUGACGUACACCCCGCUGGCCAACACCCUGAGAGCUCAGGGCUACAAGGUCCAGAUCCAUGCCGUGGUCGUGGGAGCCCUGAGCGCAUGGGACCCCCACAAUGAGCCGGUACUGAGAACGUGCGGAGUCGGUCGACGCUACGCCCGGCUCAUGAGACAGCUCAUGGUGUCCGACACCAUCAGGUGGUCCAGAGACAUCUACACAGAACACAUCACGGGACACCACCAGUACCAGGUCGAGUAACCGAGAACGCACCCAGGGAAAUAACCCACCUCCUCCCUUCCCUGAUGAACCGAAGGACACACCCACCCAUGUACUUAUUGUCUACACCACUAUUGACUUGGACUCUUAAUACAUUCCAUGGGUGAUCUACCCGAGUCCAUUUAGCCACUGACACUUUUGUUGUCAGACGCUACCAGUGUGGUGCUCUGCUCGUGUUCGGUGAUGGUAACAGUCGGCUGCGUGUGUGUUCCCUUUGUGUGCUGCCCCAGCUCUGGGCAGAUAGCUAACACAGCAGACCCCGAGAGAACCCCCAAAAACCACAGACUCUAGUAAGGGAACAGCCUCACCGAAAUGAAGCCUCAAAAAAUUGGGUAGAAACUCAUAAAUGUUUCUCUCCACGGAAAUCUUUAGUAAAAGGCGAAAGAUUUAUAAGAGCUGAAGAGAAACCAGAGUAUCCAGGAUACUCUGCAGAGGUGCUGCCGGGGCAACCACAAAUAUAGAAAACAGUGUGGGAAAAUACCAGUAGUUGCAAGCGACUUUUCUGGGUUACAUCAUUUAGAACAACCAUACUCAUUACUAUGAGUGCUCUCUUUGUUAUCAUGAAAUGUAAACACAGAAAAUCUGCAGAUCAAGGUAGAGAGUGUGCAUAAAAAGAACCACGACUGGGGACUGGUUAAUGUCCUGAAUCCUUAAUCUGAAAAUGAAGGGACGCAGGAAAGAAUAGACAACACUUGAUGAAAAACGUCAGAAAAACGUUUAAUAAAAGAACACCUUACAAACAUUGUCUGGGUAAGCAAGCAGGAGCCAAAAAAAAAAUCGUACAGCGUAUCUAACAGCAGUGUUAGCAAAGAAAAAAACCUCUUAACUUCCCAGCAGUGCUCCUGAAAGUUUAAAAGUGUUAGCACAUUCACCAACUGCAAUGAGAAAAGACAUAGAACUCGCCAGAGCAGCCCAAAAAUAUUACGCUGUGUCUAACAGCAGUCUUAACAAACUAAGCCCUGGUCUACACUAGGACUUUAGGUCGAAUUUAGCAGCGUUAAAUCGAUGUAAACCCGUACCUGUCCACACGAUGAAGCCAUUUAUUUCGACUUAAAGGGCUCUUAAAAUCGA